CGUUACGGUUGCGUCGGUUGCGCUCCGUUGGGUCCGUAGUUGGGUCCAUCGGGUCUGCAUCUCGAGUGUAUCUGGUUUUGUUAUAGCAGGUGUUUUUAUGUAUUGCGUUGGUUGAGUUAAAGAAGCUUUAGGUCGAAUCAGCUGGGCGUAUUAUCAUCAACUAUGUCCAUUUCCUUCAUCCAGUUCACGUUGUGCGACCUGUGCAGAGUCUCCCAUAAUGUGGGCAAGAAGCACGUCUACUCCAAGAGGCACCAAGAGAUCGUGAAGAACGUCUUGGCCAAAUAUCUGAGAAAGAUAGUGGAGGCCAAGCAGUAUCUCAAGGCACCCGAAGUUCAUGACUUGCUGUGGGAAGAUGGAGCGAAAGUGUGGUGCUACUUCUGCUCCACCGAAGUUCCAAAACAUGAAAGAAAAGUCGACGCAGCACUGAGCUUCAGAUGUCACACCUUUCUACUGCAUCUUGCCACGCCGGAACAUGAAGCAGCAUGCAAGUCAUUCUUUUGGAAAAACAAAAUCAAUAAAUCUACAAUUGGCCGCUACCUGCUGGAUGUUUCGGACAUAACUCGAUGUGAAUCCUUGCUUAAAGUUGCAGAAGAGAAGUAUCUGGAGAAAAUGGAAAAGCUUCAUCAGAAGAUGGUAGCGGACAUGCGAAGGACGGAUGAAUGGAGAGCGGCUUCUCAAGCCAAUCUUCGCCUCCAGCAAUUGCCAACGAGCUUUGGACCAAGCUUGCCUUCUGAGCCUGGUUGCAGCAGCUGGUCUGCAGAAAGUCAUAACUCACUGCAUAAGGAGCAGAUGCAGCCAACACCCAAGGGAAACAUCUUCAGUGGAGCUCGGCCCCCGUGGCUAGAUGACGACGACGAUGACGACGAACCUGCCAGUGGGGCGCCCCUCGCAAAACGAACGUGCGUCGGGCAGAUAUCGCAGAAGCCCAUUGGGCCAUCUUUGGAGGAUUUCAAGCAGCAUCGGGAAGCUGAGAAGAGGAAGAAGCUGAAUCCGAGGCGUGUGGGGGCCAACUUUGAUCACUUCUCGGAGACAUCUGACGAAUGGCUGCCCUCUUUUGGUCGCGUCUGGAAUUUUGGAAGGAGGUGGCAGUCUAGGCAUCAGUUUCGAAGAGAAGAAAACAAACCAAAAUAGGUGGAGUCACAAUGGAGAUGGCAGCAUUUUUUUUUUUGCGAUAAGCC